CGCGUGCGCAUAAUUGCGCCCAAUUCGAAAUUCAAAAGUUCUCGUGGUGUGAGUGCUAUAGUGAUGUGAUAUUCUCUGUGCUCUAUGACCUUUUUGGAGAAUCCAAAAGGAACGCCGGAGAUUUAUACUUCGAAUUGCGCCAUUCUCUGAUUAUUACGACCACCAUUUACUUGGCGCGAUAUCGAGGCGCGAACGAACGAAUAAUUCCACAUGUAGUCAAACAUUAAGUUCCUAAAGCUUAGCAUAAGUAGGUAAAAUGUAUAACUCGAACGAAUUCCUGCACAGUGCAGGCGUAAGCCGUCACAUGCAAGCCACAGGGGAGGCGCCUUCCCAAAAAACGAGCAUGAAAAGGCGCUCUUGCGAAGUCCCUUUAGGGGACAUUUCAUCUAACAACUUCAAGGUAUCAUUAGGGGACAUCUCAUCUAAUAACUUCAAAGUUUCAUUAGGGGACAUUACCAACGAUGGCCCCAACUACGAUUGCAGAUCCCUCAGAUCUGUGAAGUCGGAAGAUGCUCGAUCUUUGAGAUACUAUCGUCCUAUAGACAGUCGUAGUGUUAAGAACUUUAGGUCGUCUUUAGCCGACAUAUCCGCGUAUUCAUUAUCGCGUCCCCCGAGUUACGAUCAGCUGUCUAGAAGGUCCGUAGUAGAGGGUCCGGAUAACCAGGGGAUCACGUCGAGCAUCGAAGGGGUCCUGUGGUCCGAUGAGGAGGAGAACGAGUACUUCUACCAUGAGAAUAUCACCACUGCUUGGAAUCAAGAUUUGGCAGCGUUGCGACAACUGCUGGACAGCGAAACGGGAGGCACAACCUGUCCAAGUUGUAACAUGCCCUUUGAUAAGGGCAAAAAGAGAAAGCUAAUUGAUACGUGCGGUCAUGAACGGUGCUACUCCUGCAUGUUCAGAAACGAAGCGUGCCCCAUAUGCGCCAGAAAGAGCCAAGGCAGGAGACAAGUCAUGGAAAGAUACACGCCGUCGCCACAACAAGCUCCGGAGUGGCAGUCGCCUCUGCGGCUGCCGAAACCGCCCAAACAGCCCUCAAAUCUUGCUCAAAGUUGCCCAACUCCGCCGCACACGAGGCGAAGAUUCUUCCUCAGCCCCAAAUCUCUGCGGAGUCCUUUCGGCCAGAGGAACAGUCGCCAUUCACACGAGAACCACGUGCCGCUAUCUGGAUUGCCGGAGGAAGGUCCCAGGAGCGCGGCUUGGCCGAGCCUCGUGUUCAAUAAAAUAAGGUCGUUGUGGUCCGCUUACUCAUCUGUACCGCAGGGGCUCAACCAAUUUGCAGAUGACGAAGGAGGUCACAUCAAACAAGGAUACGAGUCCAGGAGGCAGAAUGACCUGUAUAUGCGGUUGGGAUUGCUGCUGGGAGAGAGACGUGGUUCCAGAAAUAAAUCCAGGGAUAGCUGUACCUCAUUGGCCUCAUUAGAUGCUCACACCUUAGCAUCGCAUAAUACUAGUCCGGUGUCAACAUUAACUGGUUCAUCAGAAGUGGACGCUGCAACGCCGCUAGGUCGCGACUCGCUCGGCUCACUGGCGUCUAUGUCACUGUCUGCUGCCAGCAACUGCUCAUCAUCCAGCCCGGGUAGCAGGCGGCAUUCCGUUACCGCAUUACAAAAUGGUAGAGAAGAACUGACGCGGAUGUCGAGCGGUUUCUUCAAGACCAGGAAAACAGCAGCGCGACGAUCAGCUCGAGUCAGCAGCAAGCAGUCUACCACAUCCUCUGAACUUAAAAAAGUUCACCCUUCUCCACAACUCACUCUACGACCACUGUUCUUCGAAGUACCUUCCACUGACAGCGAAGCCUGCUUCUCUGGAAGGCAGUGGCUCAUGAGAGAUAUGGAAAAAGCUUUACAGUCUUCUUCUUCUGGUAUAAUGAUGUCAGGAUGUCCAGGCACGGGCAAAACAGCAUUAAUAUUACAACUAGUGGAUUACUCCUGCUUUGGUCGGAAGAGGAAUUUCGAAUACGAGGAACUAAGAGAACAAUCCGACAUUAGAGAAGUGUUGCCUGAAGAAAUUGCCGCUGGAACGGUCGCUAAUCUCGCCUCUCAAGUUGUAGCAUAUCAUUUUUGUCAAGCGGAUAAUAACAGCACAUGUCUAGUUGGAGAAUUCGUUCACUCUCUAGCAGCACAACUCUGUCAAGCUCCAAGACUUCAGGCCUACAGAGAAUAUCUUCUGAGCGAGCCGCAUUUAUUAUCAUGUCUCUCCUUAAAAGAGUGCAUAGCAGAUCCAGAUUUGGCAUUCAUGAGAGGAAUCAUAGAGCCACUCAUCAUUUUAAGGAGGAACGGAAGCAUAGACACAUCUAAUAGUAUAAUUCUAGUUGAUGGACUAUGUGAAGCUGAAUAUCAUAGACCGGAUCACGGUUACACAAUUGCAUCGUUCCUAGCGAGACACGUCCCAGAGAUGCCGUCGUGGCUUAAAGUUGUCGCAACUAUUAGGACGCAAUUCCUCGAACUAACUAAACAAUUACCUUACACGAGGUUAAGCUUAGAUGACUCCGAUAACGUUCAUAAAGAUUUACUCGAAUAUUUCAACGCUAGAGUUCAAGCGGCACCCAUUAUUGAAACUAACAUCAAAAGUUCUACGGGCAAAACUGAGGGCAUGCAUAAUUCUGUUAUGAAAUUCGCACAAUACGUACUUCAUUUGAGCCAAGGCUCGUUUCUGUUCCUAAAACUCAUUUUAGAUCUUCUCGAACGGAGUCACAUAGUUGUGAAAUCGACCAACUACAAAGUAGUGCCGAUUUCGUUGGCACAAAUAUUCCUAUUGCAGUUUAAUUUGAGGUUUCCCACCGUACAAUCUUUUGAGAAAGUCACACAUAUUUUAAGCGUAUGCCUUGCUGCACUAUAUCCCCUCACAUUGGUAGAGAUCUACUACUCUGUAAAUUCGCUAUUGGUAAACACAUUUUUGCCCUGGGAUGAGUUCUGUCACAGAUUCGACAGCCUGACUGAUUUUCUUGUGAAAAGAAUCGACAACACCUACAUGUUCUUCCAUCCUUCGUUCAGAGAAUGGUUGAUACGUCGCGACGAUAACGAAAGUCCAAAGUUUUUAUGCGAUUUGAGAGCUGGACAUUGUGGCAUUGCGUUCAGGCUUUCCAGAGUGCAAUCACCUUUAGAUUCAGAAAAAUCCAUGGAACUGGGUCAUCAUAUUCUCAAAGCUCAUAUGUAUAGAAAUAUGGGACCCGCACAAUUGGGUCUGUGUCCGAGAGAUUUGCAAGCAAUGAUGGUUGCAUCGAGUUCCGCUAACGUCGGUGAGGCAGUCGCUAACUUAAGAAACAUCUAUACACCAAAUGUGAAGGUUUCUCGACUUAUGUUACUAGCGGGAGGAUCUCCUAAUCAAAUUACUGAAUGUCUUGGGAAUGCACCGUUGCUGUGUAUGUACGCAUAUCAAGGAAUUAUAUCUAUGGUUGGACUAUUGAUAGAAUUCGGUGCAGAUCUGGAAAUGACAAAUUCUCAAGGAUGUUCUGCUUUAUCGCUGGCAUGCCAGAGAGGUCACACUGAUGUAGCCAGGAUGUUGAUAGCGUCAGGUGCAUCACUAAGUCACACGGACACAGCAGAACAAACGCCAUUGGUACACGCAGCUAAGAACGGCCACCGAGACACAGUCAUAUACCUCCUGGGAUGUCAGACCGGCAAGGAUGACAGGAACUCCUUGGACAUAGACGAGUGUAACAUAGAACAACUGGUUCCUGGCUCCAGGCAUGCUUUGAUCGGCGCAGCUCAAAACGGUCAUUUAGAUAUUGUUGAAUAUCUUUUGGACACCGCUGAGUUAAUACCUGACGGAAUAUGCCCAGUGACAGGGGAAACUGCCCUCACAGCUGCUUGCUCUACCGGGAACGCAGCCAUCGCUGAUGCUUUACUGAUCCGUGGCGCUACUCCUUACUCCCUGAAUGCCAGACAAAUGUCACCACUGGCUUUAGCCGCUAAGAACGGCAGAACAGCUUUGGUGUUACGGCUUUUGGAUUCCGGAGCUGAUGUGAUGGGCUCUGGGGGCAAGAAUCCCUUGAUUUUGACCGCGGCAGAGGGUCAUGCUGACGUUGUUGAAAUGCUGUUAAAUCAUGGCGCCGACCCUGACGCUGCGGAUGGAGACGGCAUCACUCCGCUGGGCUGGGCUGCUCUGCGGUCUCGAAUACCAACGAUUGUUGUCUUGCUAGAUAAAGGAGCUGUCAUUGAUCAAGCGGACGGCAGCGGCAGGACGCCAUUAGGCCUGGCGUGCGGGGGGCCGGCGGAACUGGUGGAGCUGCUGUUAGAGCGGGGGGCCUCCCUCGAGCGGGUCGACCACAGCGGGCUGCGGCCCCUCGACAGAGCUAUCGGACAGCGGAAUGUUCCCGUGGUGAAUUGCUUUUUGAGAAAAGGGGCUAAAUUAGGCCCCACCACAUGGGUCAUGGCUUCAGGCAAACCAGAAUUUAUGCUAAUACUCCUAAACAAGUUGCUAGAGGACGGGAACCUCCUCUACCGCAAGAACCGUCCGUCAGAGGCGGCGCACCGCUACCAGUACGCGCUGAAGAAGAUCAACCCCCUCAUCAGCGACGAGGGGUUGACGACCCCCUCCACCCAGCCCGUACCUCACGAACAUGUGUCGGCGUUUGUGCAGCUGAAGACGAAUCUGCUGCUGAACUUGUCACGAUGCAAGAGGAAACUUAAUGAACCAUCAGAAGCUUUCGACCUGGCCGCUCGCGCUUCGGUCCUACGACCAAACGCUUUCGAAUGUGCAUAUGCGAUGUCCCGCGCUAUUCUUGCCCUGAACAAGCCUUCUGACGCAUUGCCUCACUGCAGAAGAGCCUUGCUACUAGCGCCUUCGACGGAUUUGUCCGCUAUGAGGACCUUGAAGGCCCUUCAACAGGAGAUUCUUACAAGGAUCAACACUGGGACCCAUAGUUUAAAUGGUGACACACGAUCGAUGAGAAAUUACGAUAGCAUAAGUCUUAACAUGCCUUAACAUUAACUGACUAUCACACUGAGUACUAAAAAUCUUCUCAACUAAACAACAAUCUAAAUAUUUACAACAAAGAAAAAAUAAUUUUAGAAUUUGAUCAAUAAAUAGCGUAUUUGUUUGCCUUGGAUAGCAAUCUUAAUGAAAUAUUAAACUUUCCUCUAGUUUUGUAAAUUAUGUUAUCUCUUUUGUAAGUAAUAUAAUUAAAUAUAAUGGUAUAUACGUAUUGGCUCUUAUGUUCCUUGAUGCGUUAUAUCUUAACCUUUAAUCGAUGACCUACUGAUAUCAGUGGCGUGCAUAAGGUGUUUAACUAGGGUAUGCACUAUAAUUAAUAGGUAAAAAUUGGAAACUCCUUGCCCAGCUAUGUAUUUUCUGGUCUAAUAUAGAUUUGUAUUGGGUCCUUAGGGUAGGCAGUGCUUUUUUGCAUCUAUAAUGUGCACGCCACUGACUGAAUAGAAUGACUGGCGGUUCAAUGUCAGCUUUAACUAUGAGAGAUGGGGAGAUAAUUGAUAUUCCGUUUCUAAGUGUAAAUAUUUUUUUAUAAAAUAGGCCUAUGGAUAUUAGGCGAAAAACAAAUGUAUUAUUAGUGUAUAUUGGCUACAGUUUAUUGUGAUUGCAUUUAGGUUUUGUUGUGGUGUUAAAAACAGAAAAAAUUACAAAAAUAUUGAAUUUUGUGAAUAUUAAAUUAAAUUAUAUAAUCAAAUGUUUUUAAAAAGAAAUGGUUUCUUAUGUAUAGUGCUUCUAUUCCCCGAAGACUAUUUGCUUUUGAAUGUAAUAGAAAGACCGCAUUAACGUAAAAGAACGUCAACAAAACAGAAGCGUAUUUUUAAAUUACUUAAAGUGACUGCUGAAGCAUCACAUCAUUGCAUUUGCAACGCGCCUGUCAAACGCUUGUCUUUACACCUACUUCCAAAGGUAAAAAGUCUUCUGAAAGUAGAAAGACCUAUAGUCAAAGAUUUUCUACUGUUAGAUAUGUCACUAGCGCGUCGAAAGUGAGGCGGACAAAAGUGGCUAAUUAUCUUAAUUUCAUUUAGUCGCAUUGUAAACUACGAAAGUUAUUUAAAAAAAUAAUACCUAAAAUAUUGUCUACAAUAUCGAGUUGGGUGUUCAGGAAGUGUAAAAACUAUGUACACAUAAAUAUAUAAUCAACUCAGCGCUCAGUAGAGUAGCUAAAUUCGGAUCGCUUUUUGGAUUUUGUAGACACGUAACAUAUCUAAUAGUAGAAAAUCUUUGACCUAUAUGUUGAAUUGCCUUACGAAAUUGCCUAUGUGAAAUUGUUUUACAAUCGUUUGUGUAAAUGUAUGAUCAAUUAUAAUUAUUCUAUUAUUUUUAGUGCGGGCACGUUUUUAUUGAAAUUCUUAUCCAUAGCAAUUAUAGAAAAGGUUGUUUUUGAUUUUUUAUUAUUAUUAAUAUUAUCAACUAAAUUGUUUUGUCAAUUUAUAGAGUAAGCUAUUUUAAGUUUUACAGAUUCCUUGUGAUCAAAUGACAUUUCUGUAAAUAGGUUUAUCGUUUUAUGUAAUACACGAAAAUGUAUAACUUAUAUUAAUAAUGUACUUUUUAUACAUAUCUCGAAUAUAUAUUUAUCAAAUAAAAAGGUUGUCGCUUGCCAUUUUUUUUUAUUUUUGAUGCUUAAAGUUUCAUGUUGUAUUUAAUUAUUUUUUGUAUUUAAAACCUAAUUGAAUGUAUAGAACAAUUAAUUAAGACUAUACAAAAUGCUUUCAUUUUUCAAAAAUUCAAGAAACUUUUUUAAUAAUAUUCGGAAAUUAUUCUGUACAGUAAACCGAAAAAUUGUUAUUGAAUAAUAAAUAAUUAUGGUUGUACAAUAUGCCUGCUAUUCGUCUGUAUUAUUUAUUAAUUUUAUUUUGACUUUUAACAUACGUAAUACACAUGGCAGCUUUAAAUGCGAAAUACCGACAGUGCCGUUAUUGUUAAAUUUAUUUUUCUUUUGAGUUAAACUCAUAUGCCCUAUCUUUUGUUUUAUUUAAAUUAUUUUCUAAUAAUAGUUCUUAAAAUUAAAUAUAGAAUCAGAACUGCAACGUUUGAAUGCCUGUAUGCUCAGUGGAGUAGCAAAUUCGGCUCAGUUUUUGCGGUGAUUUUAUAGGCACGUAAAAUAUCUAUAGUAUAGAAUAUCGUUGCAGUGCCUAGUAAAGAAAAUUCGACUUUAUUUACUUCAUUUAUUUAUAUAAAUGGUUUAGUUAACUCCAUUUUUCUCUAACAUUAUUAUAUCGUAAUUCAGUGUAUAUUUAGCUCUUCAUAUACACGACAAUAGUGUCUAAUAAUAAAUGGAAGACGUCAUUUUCAGUGCAAUAUUUUGGACUGCAAUUUUUUAAUUGAUACGAUCUUCGAGUUCAUAAUUAUACACUAUGUCACUAAUAAUCUGCACAGUUGAAUACUAGCCGUCUCCUUCUGUAGGGAAUAUUGUGAUAGAGACGGCGAUAUAGUCCUAUAAAUUUAUUUUGUUAAAUAAUAAACAUAAUGAUUCAUGUAUACAACAAGAGCAUUUACAAAAUUUGACAAAUUUGAGACUGAAAUUUCGAUAUACACCCAUUUGAUCAUGUUACUGUAUAGUAAAUGUAGUAUAAUAAGAUAUUAUAUUGUAAGUACAAUAGUUCUGUGAGAAUAUAUAAUUAUAAACACAUAUUGCUUCAUAUUUAA